AUGUACUCGUAUGUCCAAAAAUAUGCCCCAUGGCUCGGAACUUCCUUGAGAAGUGUGAUGGUCAAUCCACGGUACAUACCUCUAAGGCCUUGGGUCUUGAAAAUGGUUCGCAUCACGUCUAGUGGGCCUCUGUGGCUGUGGAUAUGGAUUUUGACGAGCUCGACUGGACAGAGGAUGAGGCUCUGUACUGCGCCUGUGCCUGUGCCGCCUAAGGCCACCCCUCUGAAGGAUGGCGGGUUUUGUGGGUCGACUGCUCGUGUGAAUAUGGCGUGCUGCCAUGCCCCGGUAAAGAGUGAGGAGUCCAUUGCUCGCCACAAGGCGCCGGAGGAUCUGCAAAGCCGACCCACUGCUGUGGUGCUGCUGCUGUACCUUAAGCGUGUCCAGCGGAUAUCCGGCAAUAACUCCGGCGGUGCCUCCAAAUCCUCCGGCAACAAAUUCUUUCACCCAGCUNUAGCCAUUGUUCUUAAAAAUGCACCUGAGAGCCGUCUCAUAGGCCGUGAAAAUCGCCCCAUUGACAAUAAAAGCCCUGGCCACAGCCGUCCCCAAGCCCCUCCACAGCACUCCGGGCCCUUCCUCUCUCACACUCUUCCUAAAACAAUCCACAAUCCCAUCAUACUUACCAAACGCAGACUGCGCCUGAAUCCUCGUCUUCACCACAUCCAGCGGAUAGCAGCAAAUCCAGCUGGCAACCCCUGCAAGCCCGCCCGCUAG